AUGUCUGGACUGGGGCCAGAUGCAACUUUGACCGAGAUGGCACCGGCACCGGCAUUGCUCGCUGUAUCGAUCAUAUCGACUAUAGUGGCCCUCCUUACCAGUUUACUACGGUUUUGUGUGAAGAUCAGGAUCAAUCGCAAUGUCGUAUCGGACGAUUACUUCUUGGGCCUGGCAAUGCUCCUUGGGUUGGUUGGUGCAAUAUUCACAUUGGUCGAGGGAGCCAACAAGAUGAGCCUUAUCGUUGCUAUAAAAUUCGACCACCUCUCCCAACCAUGGCUCAAUAUGGGCUCGACAUUGAGCAAAGUAUCGAUCUGUCUGUAUUUUCUACGACUGGUGUCACGGAUUAGAGCGUGGAAGAUUGUUCUGGGGACUCAAAUUGUGUCACUACUCUUCAUCAACUUCGUUUACUGCCUCACAACCCUGUUACAGUGCAGACCUUUGGAGAAGUUAUGGAAUACGUCUAUUGCUGGAAACUGCUGGAGUAUCAACAUUCAGCAGGGAUUUGGAUAUUUCCAGGGCGCUUUUGACGUGUUCUCUGGGUUGUUCAUUGCUUUGUUUCCAAUCAUUGUCAUCCAGGAUCUCGGUAUUCAACGAGGACUUCGCUGGCCGUUCUAUAUCCUUUCAAUUUUGACCGUCGCUAUUGCCGCGCUUGUAAUCGCCAGAACGUACUAUAUUUCCCUCGUAACUUCUAAUGAUCAAAUACUCUACAAAACAGUUUGUACUAUACUAGCAGUCCUAGAGCAGAACCUUGGCAUUAUAGCUGCCAACAUUCUUCCCAUCGCCUCGUUGUUAUCAAGUCGCAUCCGGCCAAUUAGUCAAGCUUUGAGCGCAGCGGCCAAUGCAAGAGAGGAUGACGACGUCGUGUCGAUAUUGUCUAGGACGUCUAAAAAAUCCAAGAUCAGUAUGCAUUCGAGAGAAAACAGCACUGGAUCACAUUUUGUUUUGGAGAGUCCCGAUUUGGAUAGCUUCGAUGGUCAACUUAUCGGAAGCGCCGACGGCAUUGAGGUAUGGCCGAUGGGAAUAAUCAAGACCGUUAGUGUGGAGGUCAUACAAGAAAGAGUGCCGGAUCCGGAACGUGGCUUGACUGUUGGUGAAAUGAAGAGAUCUGCUAGUCGUGAAGACUGGGACAGGCAUCUAUGA